AUGGCUCUGCACCCCAGGGCCGGGCUGAGCCUCCUCCUCUGCCUUGUCCUGGCAGUGGCACUCCACGCCCUGCCGCCGAGACCUCAGCGAUCAGUGUCCGAGGACUCUGCAGCCCCCCUGGAGCUCCCACAGCCGCUGUCUGGCCUGCUGGACGACUAUGGGAUCCGACCCAAGCACCCCUUGUCGAGAGGUCCUCGGCCCCUCCUCUCCCAGGCCCAGCAGCGCAAGCGGGAGGACCCAGACAUGGCUGAGUAUUACUACGACACGCUCCUGUGACGGGAACC